CAGCUGUUCAAAAUCUGAUUUGUUUUUAUUAAAUAGACAUUAUUUGUAUUUCUAAUUACACUUAAAUAUUAUCUAUUUUGUUAAGCAGUGUACUUUAUAUUUUUUUCAGUUUAAUGGAAUGUCAGCUCUAGCGUUCAUGCGAUUAUCAUCAUCUAUUUCAAGAUUCAGUUUGGGAAAUAUUGUUCGACAUCGAGAGAUCCUAAGUUCAUCCUCCUCACAUCUGUAUUCCUCUAGGUGUAUUCAAACUACAAGAACCAAUUUCUUUUGGAGACCUUACAAAUUCAGCCACCUGAAAUCAAUAACUCCCUAUAGCAGUACAGUAUUCAGCCCGGAAAAGAGUUAUCUGUUUAUCGUAACUGUCGCCAUAGUUUCAAGCUUGUUUAACAUACCUAAUAUCGUGCUCAGAUUUAUCCCAGAAGUCUACGAAUCUGUUCGAGAUUCUUUUUAUUUGUUGCUAUCAGAUUUAGACUUCACAAAUACCUAUAUUCCUGGUACGCUUCGGGAAGAUCAAAUCCCUGACGUUAAAAAAUCAUUAAAGAAGGAUUGAGACCUAAGGAGUAAAUUUCUAAUCAGUAGCCCUAAAAAUAAUAACUAUAAAUAUGUUAUCUUCGAUGCUAAAAGAACAUCAAAUCAAGCAACAAGAAAGAAAAGAAGAGAUAGAAAAGAAAAAACUUGUGGCCUCCGAAACUGUUAAUGAAUUAACUCAUCAUUUAGUGGAUAAUCUAAACGAAAGUGUUGCUCAAGCUUAUCUUAACCAACGGAAAUUGGAUGCUGAAACAAAACAGCUUCACGUAAAUGUUAUGCAGUUUUCGAAACAAGUCAAUCAAUGGCUUUCACUGAUGCAAAAUUUGAACAAAUCUGUUAAGGAACUUGGUGAUGUCGAAAAUUGGGCAAAAAGUAUCGAAAAGGAUUUGAGACUUGUCUCUUCUGCACUCGAAUAUGUUUAUAAAGCAGGACCUCAAUCGAAAAAUUAGUAGUUUCAUAGGAUUGUUAUUUUUUAGAAAACAAUAUGUAACUAUAGAUGAUUUGCUGUCAUGUUUUAAGUGACUAAUUAAAUGCUUAUUAAAUAAGUGA